AUGGCCUCUCUCUCAGCGAGCUCUGCUGCCUGUUCUGCUGCCCCCCCUGCCCCAGCCGAAUCGCCGCAAAGUUGGCCUUCCUGCCCCCGGAGCCCACCUACGCCUACCUGCCCGACCCCGAGACCCCCCGGGGGGGGGGGCGCACCGGCCGCGUCCGGCCACCGGGGGCGCAGCGGGGCCUCGGUGUCCGGAGGAGGAGGGGGAGGAGGAGGGGCGGUGGAGGGAAGGUGGAAGCUGCACCUGACGGAGAGGGCGGAGUUCCAGUAUUCCCAGAGGGAGCUGGACACCAUGGAGGUGUUCCUCACCCGCUCCAGCAGGGGGAACCGGGUGGGGUUUACGGUGCUCUUUUCCCACGGGAACGCGGUGGACUUGGGCCAGAUGAGCAGCUUCUACAUCGGCCUGGGCACCCGCAUCAACUGCAACAUCUUCUCCUACGACUACUCGGGCUACGGGGUCAGCACCGGGAAGCCCACCGAGAAAAACCUGUACGGCAUCUGCCCGGAGAACAUCAUCCUGUACGGGCAGAGCAUCGGCACCGUUCCCACCGUGGACCUGGCCUCCCGCUACGAGUGCGCCGCCGUGGUUCUGCACUCUCCGCUAACCAUUGAGAAGGUGUCGAAGAUCCCCUCCCCGGUGCUCAUCAUCCACGGGACGGAGGACGAGGUGAUCGACUUCUCCCACGGCCUGGCGCUGUUCGAGCGCUGCCCCAAGGCCGUGGAGCCGCUGUGGGUGGAGGGGGCGGGGCAUAACGACAUCGAACUCUACAGCCAGUACCUGGAGCGCCUGCGCCGCUUCAUCGGCCAGGAGCUGGCCGCGCAGCACCCCUGA